GUUCUCGACUUUGCGUCCCCAGCCGUGUCUUCGAAUGGCAAUGGCGGUUUGGAAGCAGAACUGCAGUUAAACGCUCUCCUUGUUCAUGCAUUCGUUAGCAUUAGACUUGUUUAGGAAAAGUAGGCUCUUCGAAGAAGUUACAAUUAGAAUCCUCUGCUGUAGCGCUCCACUGGUUGCUGACCACAGCUGUUGGUUUCGAUGAGUCUUCAAUAGGCUCCAGUAGGCUUCUGCUACGUGUUUUGUUCUCUGGGCAAGUGUUCGGCUUUUUUAAAACGUGAGAACGAAAAAGAAACGGCAGGCGCAUUUCAUCUUCAACCUGAUCCUGUUCGGAAAGGGCAUUGCAUUCGCACACCAAACCGCCAACACUGCAAAAAGCAGUCAAAAUGUGGAGCCCGACGCACAUUCAGGUGACAGUUCAGCGCGCCCGAGGAUUGCUGAUCAAAGGGAAACAAGGCACCAACAACUGCUUUGUCGUCAUUGCGCUCGGCAAGGAGAAGUUUCAAACAUCGAUCCAGGAGAAGGCAUCAGAAUCGGUGACCUGGAACGAAGAAUGCGAACUACAAAUACCGUCCCAGGGCAAUCAAGCGCAGUUGAUACUGACAGCUCUACACCACAAUAGCGUUGGCAUGGACGAAUUCCUUGGCCGGGUGGUGCUGCCCCUCAAUGUUAUGGACAUUUAUGAUCUGACGCCGCGUUCGCGCUGGUAUAAACUGGAGAGCAAGGGGAAGGAUCGGGAGCGCAAAAAAGAGAAAGAACGAGGUGAGCUUGAAGUGCGCAUCUCCUUCACGGUAAAGGCUGGUUCGCUGACCGAUCUAAGCAAAAAAGUUACCAGCAAAAGCUCGAUCAGCAAUUUGGCGUCGAGCGUUGGUGGCUCGCUGGUGAGCAUCGCCGCGCUCGAAAAGCGGAAGGGGUUGAAGAAGCUCGCCAAGUCGCUUGGUUCGAAGAUGCACAUUCCUGCUAUAGGACGGAAGGGCGGCAAGGAGCGGACGGACGGGGUCUCCGAGGAUGGCUCUUAUUCGGGCUCCGGAAGCGGAAGAACAAGCGGCGGAGUGAUUAAGAGCGCGGGCUCGCAGCAAACGUUUGGUGAUGCUGAUCCGGGAGUGAUCAGUGAAGAUGAGGACGAGUUUGUGCUGGACAAUUUGUCCCACAAGAGCUCUAGCGGUUCGGUGCAUCAGUGGAGACCAGAAGCCGCAGCGGGAGCAGUGCAGCGUUCCGUUUCUUCAUCGGUCGAGCCCGGCAUCUCCAAGACCAACUCGUAUAGCUCAUUGACACCUGACGUCGAUGUAUGGAAACAGUCGAAGUCUGCAGUGACUGCAGGGCAAGAGGGGAUAAAAAAGGAGAAGCUCGACGAAUGGGAGCAGAAGUUGUACGGAAAGCAUCUUGAUAUCGGCAGUACAGACUCAUUGAAACGCCGCUCGUGGGAAAGUACGCGAGUGAUGCUCACUGCAGCCUCCGGUCAGGACGAACAGAAAGUCAGCGGUGCAGCAGAGGUGCAGAGCGUAGAGGAGCAAUCGGUUGCUGGCGCUCUAAGUGAGGACCAGGGACGCUCGGCACCUAACUCACCGAAGUUCGGAGGAACGUUACCAAAACCCUUACCACGAGCAAAUUCGGAAAAUGCUCGGAAGUCGAGAGGCGAUGAAGCGGUCGUUGCGGUGGGUUUGUCGUCACCCGCCGUCCUCGUCAAGCUCGAGGGCGCCAAACUCGAGAAGGAGAGCUUCACGACCAAGUUCAAGCACUUCAUAAAAGAUCACGGCCACACGCGUGUCGACACGCCCGAGAAUCUGUCACCACUCACUGCCGCCGUCGGUGCUGCUAGUGCGCACCGGAAGCAACGCAUUGUAAUCGGAGAGGAGAAUGGGGCAGUUGUGCUGGGCCCACGGCUCUCGAAAGCUGUGGGCUCUUCUCAGCUCUCGCCCGAAACGCUCGCAAAGUACGAUGGCAAGUCGCGCGACGAUAUGGUGCGGCUCGUCCACACUCUUGAGAACGAGGUGCACUACCAAAAGCAGAAGGUGAAGGAGCUGGAGGACUAUCUUGACAGUUUGCUGCUCAAGGUGAUGGAAUGCCAUCCGAAAAUACUGCAGAACCCCUACCAAAAGGCGAACCCCACCAAAAGGUACGACUCCAGCUGUGGAUGAUUUGCGCGCGAGAACGAAAAUAGCAGAUUCAGAUACUGGCCAGUGGAUCGGUGCAGCUACAUGAUAUUUACACAAAAAAUGACGAAGAGGGCAAACGAAAUGAAACCGAGGUUCGAACUCAUUACUUUAAGCAGUGCGCGUACUACUAAAGACACAUACCGUCACCAACCGCAAGUUUAUGCUAAUCCGCAGGGUGCGGUAAUGGCAAAAUUAUGACCAACAAACGUUUAAGCGGCCCAACGGGGGGGAGGGGAGGGCAGCGGCGGCGGCAGGUUGAUGGAACCGAAACUAAAUCUUCCGAAAUUGCUCACUGAUGUCCCGAUUGAGGGGCGGAUUAUCCUACACCGCUACACUCGGAAUCGCUCUUAUUCUGUUAUAUUCCCAAACCCCGCCAAUGCGCCAGUACGUCGGAUGUUCUAUGGUUUCGUCGAUCGCCAAGCCAUCCUCGUGAGUAAGCGGCACAGUUGUUCCUUCUGAUUUGAGUGUCCGCAAGUUAACACGUUUCAUCGCCAGGCUUGUAGUUGUUUGUUUAUCGGGUGUUUCUUUUUGCUUCAGAUGUUUGUGUGCAUGUGCCUGUUACAGUGGAACUUCUUCCCGGCCACAAAAAUAUUUAUUUUAUUUGUUUUUCGAUUUAUAAACGAUUAUUUUUAUCGAACUGAAAAAGCAUAUGAGGUGAUCCAAUGUGUUCCCCUUUCUAUAUUUAUGUACCGUUUGAAGAAAAAUGUGAAAAGUUAUAGUGUUCGGAAAGGGAGAGUGACAAUUGUACACCGUCAUACUGUAAUGUGGCCUUUUUAUUGUAAUAUAAAAUUUCUAUAAAAACUGAAAAAUUUGUGGAGGAGUUACUGCUUUUUUUUAUCACAAAAGAAGCAAGCAAGUUCAGUGGAUCGGUGAGGGCGGACUCAACAUCAAAAUGUUGCACUAGUGGGUGCGGUCUGUUCGUGAAACAUGUGAAGCUCAGCAGAACCUAAUGCUGCU